AUGGCGGAAUUCGUGACCCGCUCUAUCGACAAUCUGAGCCAGGGUAUCACGGUCCGAGAUGCCAUGACUAGGCUGGGUCUCAGAGAUAAAAAGGACCUCCUUCCUGGGUUGGAGGUCCGACUUCUCCCUCACCAAGCUAUUGGGGUGGCCUGGAUGUUGGACCAAGAGCUCAAGUCUCCCCACAAAGGGGGCAUUCUUGCCGACGAGAUGGGUCUCGGCAAGACAGUCCAGAUGAUUGCGACUAUGGCCAUGAACCUGCCUAAACCUAACGAGAAAUACAGGAGCACUCUCAUAGUCGUACCCGCGGCUCUUCUACACCAGUGGAAAGAGGAACUCGAAACCAAGACAAACGAUGUCUUUAACAUCCACAUACACCAUGGGAAAGACAAGCUGAAGAAGCUGUCUGCUGUCCGCUCAUUCGACGUAAUUAUCACCACUUAUCAAACACUCAAUAUGGAUUUUGCAGUUCCCUCAGAUGUAGCAGACGACGAGGAAGCGGAGUGGCUCGCCGAGAACGGUGGUCUCCUAUCUCGCAUGCAGUGGUUUAGGAUAAUUCUGGAUGAAGCUCAAUUCAUUCGUAACAGGCGAGUCUUAUUCUACCUGCCUCGAGCUCCGGUAAGUCCUGAUCCAUUCCUCAAUACCUUCAGGACCACCCGGUCAAGCAAGAGUGUAGCGUUGCUACGAUCGAAGUAUCGGUGGAUGCUCACUGGGACUCCAGUUACAAACUCCUUAGCCGAUAUCUACGGUCUGAUUCGUUUCGGUCGAUUCCGACCGUGGAAUGACUGGAAUGACUUCAACGAAUAUAUUGCCAAGGUACAGUUGGAGGACACGGUCCUUGCGGGAAUGCGGGCCCAGGAAGUCCUCAAACCGGUCCUUCUCCGCCGCACCAAAGACGCAAAGUUGGAAGGAGAGCCGCUUUUGCAACUGCCUAAGAAGAAUGUCGAUGUCGUCGAGCUGGAGUUUUCGUCCGAAGAACGCGAUCUCUACGACUCUUUUGAGAAGCGGGUGGCAUUCAGGAUCAACCGAUUCUAUAGGGAGGGAACAAUUUUGAAGAAGUACGUCGUCAUGAUACUCCGGCUGCGGCAGCUGAGUUGUCAUCCCAACCUUAUCCUCAGUCUGGCUGAGCCCUAUUCGGACCCUACUCUGCUGGUAGCCAGUGAUACAGACCGAGAGAGGGCUCGCGCGGCGCAGUUGAUGGGACAGCCUUGGGUCGAUACGGUCAGUAGUAUUGCCCUUAAUUUUAUGAUGUACAGCUUCAUGGCCCGCGCUCGUAUGAUGAACUUCGAUUUCGACGAUGAGGACGAUGGUCCGGAAGCGUCCUGUCCGAUAUGUGGCGACUUCUACUCUAGCGAUAGCGGAAGAGUCCUGGCUUGCGGGCACCAAGUCUGCUUCGACUGCUUGUUGGACUUGCGCACUGCUCCCAUCGCGCACGACGGACAUUUCGGCGAAGGUAGUGAGCAGGAGAAUCUCAAAGCUGAGAAAGAGUACGAGGCAGCCGUAGCCAAGGGCUGGCGACCAUGCCCCACCUGCAAGAAAAUGAGCGACUGCUUCGACAAGGUCUUCCGCUCCUCCGCCUUUGAGCCUACUCCGGAGGAGAUGGAGAGGAUCCAGCGCGAGAAGCGGCAGGCGCGGAUGAAACGUCGCGCAAAGUCGCCGGAGGUGGAGGAGGCCCCUCAGGUCAUCGAUCUGGAUUCAGACGACGAGUUGCAGGACGUGUCGACGUUCCUCGCGUCGCGACUGUCCCCGUCUAAGGACAAGAAGAAUGUCAAGAAGGAAGCCGCGUCGGAAUCCGACUCUGAAGGUGACGUCUUCAGUGCUUCCUCCAAGAACAAGGGCAAGGGAAGGGCCAAAGAUGAAGACGACGAGGAAGAAGACGGCGGCGCGCCCAUCUCGAAGAAUCUGCUCGAGAUAUGGGGUCGAGGGGACCACAAUGUCGAGCCGAGCACCAAGAUGCUCGCCCUGAUCGACCUGCUGAAGGAGGCUGAAGCCGCCGGGGACAAGACCAUCGUCUAUUCCCAAUGGACGACCAUGCUCGACCUGACAGAGCUCUUGUUCAACCGAUACGGGAUCCGGUCCCUGAGAUAUGACGGGAAGAUGGACCGCGAGGCCCGCGAGCAGUCGCUGAUGAUCUUCAAGAAGAACGGCGGGCCGAAGGUGAUGCUUAUCAGCACCAAGUGCGGCGGCGUGGGGUUGAACCUUGUAUCUGCUAACCGGGUGGUCAAUAUGGAUCUGUCCUGGAAUUAUGCGACGGAGUCGCAGGCCUAUGAUCGUGUGCACCGGUUGGGGCAGGAGAAGGACGUGUUUGUCAAGCGGCUGAUUGUCAAGAACACGAUUGAGGAGAGGAUGCUGAAGUUGCAAGCCCUGAAAACAGAACUGGCGAAUGCUGCUCUUGGAGAGGGUACCGGCAACUUACACAAGCUGAGCGUGAAGGACAUUAUCAACGUGCGUCCUCGCAUGGUGCUGUCACGCCAUAUGUCCUGA